AUGCCUUAUACUGCCCCUUCGAGGAGUAUUUCCAGAUCACAGACGUCAACUCCUUCGGAGCAUUCGAAUUCCAACUCUACCCGGUCUCAGAGCAACAAGGACGAUCGUUUCCACAAGUUCAUGAACCAAACCAAUGACUCGUUUCUGAACUCUCCGCAGACAAACACAAUGUCCAAGUUUUACCUCUUGGACGAUACCACUUCUGCGGAAAGCUUGGAAUCCGUCCGUUCCAACAACGGCAAGUCACGUUCUCGUUCUAGUACAUCUUCUCAGAGAGGUUCACUUCUGGCUGAUGAUUUGAACAUGUCCAAGUUCUACGCCAAACAGUCUGUUCACUCAGACUCUACACAGGACUUGGUGGACUUCACAACAGAAUCAAUCCAAUCUUAUUCAUACACUCCCAUUUCGAACAACUCAUUGACAAUGAGAAUGAACGUUUUGAAAAGAUCAAUGGAAAUACUUCUAGAGAACCCAUCUUGGUUGAAUUCCUCCGUGGAGAAGUUUCCUAACUUUGAUUCACAGUCAAUCAUAAACUCGGUCUCCCAAGGUCCAAAAUUGAAAGACCUUAUAAACUCAGAGAGAAGUGUCUCCAGCUCGACAUUGCAAACACUAAUCCAAAGUACUUUAUCAUCAGACGCUAACUUCAGCUCAAGCCCAGAAAUACCCCCAGAUUCUCACUUUCUUUCGAGACGUUCAAAUUCGAAUGCUUCCUCCGUUUCAACUUCUUCUUUGCAUAUCAAUUUCAGUGAUGAAUUGCUGAAAGAUUUGAAGGAUAUGUUGAAGCUUUUGAAAAAUUAUCAAAGCGACGAUACGGACACCGUGUUGUGUAAUGAUGGUCGUGAAUCCCCAUCUAAGCCAUCUUCUCCAUCUUCAUCUUCAAAGUUUCAGAAAGGGGUUUUGGACCUACAUGAGUUGUCCUUGGCAAAUGUGGACAAAAUUCCAAAAUCAGCAUCAUCACUUGAAGACGCUGGACGGCGUGAUUUUCUCAAAAUUAAACUUCUACAUGCCUUGGCCACCCCCUUUAUAAAUAACCAAAAGCCGUCAUCACUGUCAAGUCCAACUUCGAAUGUUGCAGGAAUACCCAUGCUGACGUCCACAAGUACGCUUGGCUUGUCAGAGUUAAAUGAUCAGUCAUAUUCUUCAUCAUCAUCGAAAAAGUUCCAUGCAUCCUCUAAUGCGAAAACUAAAUCACCAAAGGCGGUAUUCACGGUGUCUAGAGAUUCACCGUGGAAUAUAAUGAAUGCCAAUGAUCUUGGCUUGCUAAUGUUUGGCUUUUCCAAGUCUUCAAUUGUGAAAAUGAAUUUAAUAGAUUUAAUCGCUCCACGGUCAAGAGACUUGGUCAUUAACCGAUUACAUAGAGAUAAGAACCUUGUGUUUUCUGGUGAAAUCAUUGCGGUCAAAAGGAACAACAAGAGUUUAGCCUGGACUUCACUAUGGGCUAAACGGAGAGAUAAUUUAAUCAUUCUGAUCUUUGAACAGGUGGUGUGUGAAACAAUUGAUAUGAUAAUCGAACGUAAAGGCGCAAUCGAUAACGGAUUUCAUGUGCUCGAAAUCUUGAAGCAGAACCAAAGAUUGUAUCACAAAUACCUCAAGUCGGAGUGUUUAAGUUCAUUUUUACCAUCAAUGGAUAGGAUAUUACAAAACAGUUUGAAAGACACGUUUACUGAUGAUGAUAUAACAAGUGAUCAUGAUUCUAACAUUAUAAAUAGCUUGAGAUACUUCACACUCAAGAGAGAAAACGGUGAUUAUGUGCCCUGCGCUGUCACCAGUGAAUCUUUAUACAUAGAUAAUAACGAACACGAUGUGAAAUCUUACAUCAGAGUUAAUUUACAUUCACUACCAUACAUUGCAGGAUUAUUUCUCAUUGAUUCGAAAGAUUAUCAGAUACAGAGUUUUAAUGAAGCGAUUGCGAGAAAUUUGUUUGGAACAUCAGAUUUGAUAAAUCAAAAUAUUGAUUUAAUUCUACCCGAAUUUUCAACUUUGAUGGAACUGGCCAUUAGGGAGAAUCCAAAUCUUGUUCAUCAAGAAGGUUUGGUGUUGCCGGAACACUAUUUCCGGAAAUUGCAAUCUUUUAUACGAGGAAAAGACGAUAAUGAGCGUGAAAACUUAUUCUUGGCUUGCCGAGGUGUUAAGGGUAAACAUCUUGACGGUCACUUUAUUACUGUGGAUAUACAAUUACAUGUUACUAAAAAUGGGAUGUUUUUGAUUUGGAUUACAUUUUGCAGGUCAUUUUCUAAGAAUGUUCACAAGCUGGAUAUGAUAGGCUUAGAUCCAAAAUCCAUUAUUCAUCCAAAUUCCGCUGAUUCUCAAGAAUUACUCAAGAAAGCUCAUCAAUAUCAACCACAUCAUGAAAGCCACCAUCUUAACGAUGAUACGACAGACUCGAAUAACCUACCUUCUCAAUUGAAAUUGCUUGAGCACAAACACAGAGAUCUUGAUUCGCAAGGGUCAGGUACAACCUCCAACAUCAGUCGUUCGAGCUCACUUCGUACGCUUAAUCCAAAUACAUCUAGUAUAUCUUCCCCAGUAACCCCCAAGUAUGAUGAAAUCAGGAGAACGGCAGAUACGUCUCCAUUAGACGCAAUUGAUGUUGCCUUACCUUUGGAAAGUGAGAAUUUCUCAAAGGUAAACAAAUCGUUUGGUAUGUCUGCCCAGAAAACUUGUGCUGAACUUUUACAGGAGGAAGAAGAAGAACUCCAGUAUUUAAGAGAACAUUCACUUUAUUUCCCCAAAAUCAUAGGUGCUGAGAAACGAACAAAAAAAUUCAGUGAUUUCAAAAUAUUGAAAAAUUUAGGUCAAGGAGCUUAUGGUAAAGUUGUGUUUGCACAAUAUAAGAAGGAUCCGUUAUACCAGGACUGUGUUAAAGCCAUUUUCAAAGAACGUAUCCUUGUAGACACAUGGGUCAGGGAUAGGACUUUGGGGACUGUCCCCAGCGAAAUACAAAUCUUGUAUUCAUUAAACAAGUAUCCGCAUGCAAAUAUUAUGAGAAUUGUUGAUUUCUUUGAGGAUCAGAAUUUCUAUUAUCUAGAAACCUUACAGCAUGGUUCCAAAGGAUCCGGGGCUGUUGAUUUAUACGAUAUCAUUGAAGUGAAGAAAGACAUGACUGAAUAUGAGGCCAAGUACAUUUAUUUUCAAAUUGUAGCCGCCUUAACGCACAUGCAUUCACACGGUAUAGUUCAUCGUGAUAUUAAAGAUGAAAAUAUCAUUGUUGAUAAAGACUAUUUUGUGAAACUUAUUGACUUUGGCAGUGCUGCAUGGGUGAAGGAUGGGCCAUUCGGGGUUUUCGUUGGUACCAUUGAUUAUGCAGCCCCGGAAGUGUUGAAUGGUCAACCAUACGAAGGUAAAGCGCAAGACGUAUGGGCAAUGGGGGUGCUAUUGUACACCCUCGUGUUCAAAGAGAAUCCGUUUUGUAGUGUUGAUGAAAUCUUGGAUAGUGAAGUCAAGUUUCCUGGUUAUCCUAAAGUCAGUUCUGAAUGUAUGGAUUUGAUUAGACGGAUCUUGAUAGCAGACGUCAACAAGAGACCUACCAUGCAGGAGAUAAAAGAUGACCCUUGGUUGGAUGGGUUCAGUUAA